CCAAACAAAUAAAAAAAUAGUAAAAAAAAUUUCCCUCUCGUUUUUUUCUUGUUAAUUUGUCUCAUUCUCUCUCAAGUUCCAGCUCAAGAGAGGUCCCAUGGUGUUUCUCUCUAGGGUUUCGAAUAGAGAAGAAUGCUGACUAAUUUUUUCAUCAAGAUUUUGUAGAGAUUUUUUUUUUUCUUUGUGUAGAAUAAAUUUGAAAUUGAAAUUUUCUUGAUUUGGAAAUGCCGGCACGGCGGUCGAAGUCGGAGAAAGAAGAUGACGGGAGGCAGCUCCGGCGUGACCCGUAUGAGGUGCUUGGGGUGUCCAAGAACUCGACUGAGCAGGAAAUCAAGACUGCCUAUCGUAAAAUGGCUCUUAAAUACCAUCCUGACAAGAAUGCAAAUGAUCCUGAAGCAGCUGAUAUGUUUAAAGAAGUUACUUUUUCUUAUAACAUUUUGUCUGAUCCAGACAAACGCUGUCAGUAUGACUCAGCUGGUUUUGAGGCAGUUGAAUCAGAAAGUCAAGAAUUGGAAUUAGAUCUGUCAAGCUUGGGCACAGUGAACACUAUGUUUGCAGCACUUUUUAGUAAACUCGGUGUGCCAAUUAAGACCACUGUAUCAGCAACUGUCUUAGAGGAGGCACUUAAUGGUAUUGUCUCUGUUCGUCCGCUUUUGGUUGGGCAACACAUUUCUCGGAAGCAGGUUGAGAAGCAAUGUGCUCACUUCUAUUCUGUCACAAUAACGGAGGAGGAAGCAAGAGCUGGAUUUGUCUGUCGAGUGCAAUCGUCUGACAAAAGCAAGUUCAAGCUGUUAUAUUUUGAUCAGGAAGAGAAUGGUGGACUAAACCUUGCUCUACAGGAGGAGAGUUUGAAAACAGGAAAAGUGACAUCUGCUGGAAUGUAUUUCCUUUGUUUUCCUGUUUACCGGUUGGAUCAGACAGUCAAUUCGAGUGCAGCUGCAAAGGAUGCAGAUGCUGCCUUCUUCAAGAAACUGGAUGAAUUUCAGCCUUGUGAAAUAAAUGAACUGAAGGCUGGCACCCAUAUUUUUGCUGUUUAUGGUGAUAAUUUUUUCAAGAGUGCAAGUUACUCGAUAGAAGCUCUUUGUGCUGCGCCCUUUAUUGAAGAAAAAGAGAAUCUUAGAGCUGUUGAAGCUCAAAUUAUUGCAAAAAGGGUUGAAGUGUCCAAGUUUGAAUCUGAAUAUAGAGAGGUAUUGGCACAAUUUACAGAGAUGACCAGUAGAUAUGCACAAGAAAUGCAAGAAAUAGAUGAUCUUCUUAAACAAAGGAACGAAAUUCAUGCCUCGUACACAGUUGCUCCGCCAAUGAAGCGGAGUACAAGUAGGAGCAGAAGUAAGGGUCCCCUUAGGGAGACCAAAGAAGAUGGACAGAAAAAAGAUAAGAAACCUUCAAUUAGGGACAGAACUAAAAAAAAGAAAUGGUUCAAUAUCCAUUUAAAAGUUGACAAGAGAAAGCCUUGCUAAUACCUAAAUGUGGUAUGAUCUAGAAUUUUAAUUCUUUUUUCUCAAUAUCGUACGUGUUUGUGUUAACAUAGUGUAGUCACAUAUUAUUUGAAUAUCAUCUAGAUGAUUUAGGAAGAUGAAUCCUAUACACGGAAUUGAUAAAACUAUGUCUGCACUCACUAACUUGACUGCAUUUGAUUUAAAGAUGAGCUGCAUAUCAGUGCUAUGGUGGAAAUGCUCCAAUGCUCUCAUUGACAGUGUCAAA